UCUUUAAUCAAGAUCUCUUAUUCUAUGAUAAGAAACUUUAUUCAUCAAGUAACUGAAACCAAAGAGUCAUUUACUCAUUUAGUUGAUAUAUCCAAAGGACCCUGCCACACUGGCUUAAAGGAGGGAAGCCAAUUAGCCAAACCUUAUAUAAAACGAUUUACACAGUUUCCGCCUGCCACUCACUGCCUGCAAUGCAAUGCGAGCAUGCACAAAGCUCAUAUCCUCUACUCACCCAACUCUUCAUUUUGCUCAUCCAACCCUUGAAUCCUUCAUCUGGAACACCCUCAUUCGAGCCCACUUCCAAGCUGGGUCUCGAGCUGAGCUUCUAACCCAUACACCACUCAAUGUCUUCCUCCGAAUGCGUUUCCAUGGAGUCCAACCCGACUUCCACACCUUCCCAUUCCUUCUCCAAUCCUUCAAUUCCCCACCUCACUUCCAAUCAGGAAAGCAAAUCCAUGCGCAAGCUCUCCUCAAUGGCCUUGCUAAUGACCCGUUUGUUCAAACGUCCCUUAUAAACAUGUACUCAACCUGUGGCAAUUUGAUGCUUGCGCGUCAAGUAUUCGAUGAGAUUUCCCAACCUGAUUUACCGUCUUGGAAUUCAAUUGUUAAUGCGAAUGUUAAAGUGGGUUUGAUUGAUGUUGCGAGGAAAGUUUUUGAUGAAAUGCCUGAAAGAAAUGUGAUAUCUUGGAGUUGUAUGAUAAAUGGAUAUGUGAGUUGUGGUGAGUAUAAAGAAGCACUCGCGUUGUUUCGUGAGAUGCAAAUGGUUGAAGCGAAUGGUGUCAGGCCUAAUGAAUUCACCAUGUCGAGUGUGCUUUCAGCUUGUGGACGGUUAGGUGCACUUGAACAUGGGAAAUGGAUUCAUGCUUAUAUUGGAAAAUGUGGGAUGGAAGUUGGUGUUGUGUUAGGGACUUCGUUGAUAGAGAUGUAUGCAAAGUGUGGCAUUAUUGAGAGGGCAAAAUGGGUGUUUGAUAAUAUGGGUCCUCAUAAUAAGGAUGUGAUGGCUUGGAGUGCUAUGAUCUCGGGAUUGGCUAUGUAUGGGCAUGCUGAAGAAUGCCUUGAAUUGUUUACAGAGAUGACAAGUUAUGGGGUGAGGCCUAAUGCUGUGACUUUUUUGGGUGUUCUUUGUGCUUGUGUACAUGGAGGUUUGGUAAGUGAAGGGAAGGAGUAUUUUAGGAGGAUGAGUGAGGAGUUUGGUAUUACUCCUUUGAUUCAGCACUAUGGUUGCAUGGUAGACCUUUUUGGGAGAGCUGGUCUCAUUCAGGAGGCUAGGAAUUUGGUUAACUCUAUGCCGAUGGAUCCUGAUGUGCCUGUGUGGGGAGCUCUACUAAGCGGAUCUAGGAUGCAUGGGGACAUUGAAACAUGUGAGAUUGCACUUAGAAAACUAAUUGAGUUGGAUCCCACAAACAGUGGUGCCUAUGUGCUUCUAUCCAAUGUGUAUGCGAAAAUGGGUAGGUGGGCAGACGUGAGACAUGUGAGAGCUCUUAUGGAGGCAAGGGGGAUCAAGAAAGUUCCUGGUUGUAGUUUGGUGGAGGUGGGAGGUGUCCUUCAUGAGUUUUUUGUGGGAGAUGAUUCUCAUCCUGAAACCAAAGAGAUAUAUAAGAUGCUUGACGAGAUUAUGAAAAGGUUGAAGAUGGAGGGUUAUGUGGGAAACACAAAUGAGGUAUUGCUUGAUUUGGAUGAGGAAGGAAGGGAGUUGGCACUAUCUCUUCAUAGCGAAAAAUUGGCAAUAGCCUUUUGCUUUUUAAAGACAAGUCCAGGUACCCCAAUUCGAAUUGUCAAGAACUUGAGGAUAUGUAGUGAUUGUCAUGUUGCAAUAAAGAUGAUAUCUAGGGUGUUUGACCGGGAGAUUGUUGUUAGGGACUGCAAUCGAUUUCACCAUUUUAAAGGUGGAUUAUGCUCUUGUAAAGAGUACUGGUAGAUUGGUAAGAAGUUCUAGCACAAGGUUUAUUGGAAUUUGAACCUUCCUUCAAUAGGCCACAUGGGUUUUUGAUCCUAUACAACAUGGGGGAAACCCAAGCUGAGAUCUAGAGUAAGUAAACCUCAAAGGACAAUUCCAGAAUGCUUCUUUGGCCAUAUGAACUUGGAUAUGUUUCAGCCAAUAGUCAGAUGGCUGAAACUCUGCAUUUGAGAACAAAGGAAUUUAUUAGCUAAAAAGCAAAGAAAUCCAUCAUUAGGCUUGAACAGAACUAUCCAUGUUGACUUCUUUCAACAAUUCCAAGUUGAGGCAAGAUUUCGCUUGUGAUGUUUUGUUUUCUUUUGUUUAUUAUCAUUGAUGUGUUUAGGUGAGUAUCAAACUAACAACCUCAAACGCAAAUCGUGUGCUUGGUGUUCAUAACUUCAGUAAGAAAUUUGCACUUAAAUCGUGUGCU